AUGUCAUUACUUAGAUCAACUACUACAACAACAACUAGAAGAUUAUGUAAAUCUAGUAUUUCUUACUAUAGUAAUCAUAAUCAUGUUUAUACCAAUAACAACAACAAUAAUAAUAAUAAUAGUAGUAGUAGAUACUACUCGACGACAACAACGGGACAGACAGAACAUACAGUAAAAGAAGAAAAGCCAGGAUUAAAAGGAUUUAUGGAAUCUUUAAAGGUCUUUGGUGAGACAGUAUCAACAUCAAAGAAACCAAUGAUAAUGUCCAUGUCAGAUCUAGAAUCAAGUUAUAACAAUCAAAACAAUAGAGAACAAGAAGGAAGAGGAGGAGAAGGAGAAGAGCAGAUAAAGAAAAUUAAAAAUAAACAAGAUUAUGGAUACAGUGAACAAGAUCAAGUAUUCAAAGAGGCAGUGAAAAUUGGACAUAAAAAGGUAUUGGUAGAAUACGCAAAAAGAGUAAAAGCAUUGGAUGGAUCAUUGGAGGCUACUGAAAUCAUUGUCAAUGCAUUCGUUCAACACCGAAAACAACACAAUAUCUCUGUAUUUGUAGAUCAAGAUGAUGAAGAAAAUGAUCAUUAUGUUUUGAUAAAACAAGAAAAUCCAAACAGUAACGACAACAACAACAAUAAUAUUGCUGAACAAGAUGAAGAUAGAUUAGUACAAGUACAUUUACCAAGAUUAUUCAAACAUUUAAUUGUUAGACUCAUUCAUCAUAGAUACCCAAUCAAUGAUUUAUGCCAAUUCUUAGAGUCUGUUGGUGCAGAAAAGACAAUGGCACCAUUCAAACCAGUAUUCAAGACUGAAAAGCCUGCCUAUAUUUAUUACCUUGCCAAGGUAAUGAAAGCAUAUGGUGCAGAUCUUACCAUUGGAUCAAGAGAACACUCUCUCUAUGUUCGUGCGCUAUUCCUCAUCAAUCAAACCGAUUUGGCACUUGAAGAAUUUGAAAAGGUCGAUCCACAACGUGUCACUUGGUUCUACCUCGAAACAAUGAUGGAAUUGUUUAUUCAAAGCAAUCGUAUCCCAGAAGCUAAAAAGUUACUCUUACAACUAAGACCAAUGAAAACAAGUGAUACCUAUGCAUACGCUGCUAUUGAUUUAUCUUUGGCAUUGGGUAAACCAAAGUUGGCAGCAGAUUAUAUAGCAUAUGCAAUUCAAAAAGGAUAUUUUAUUUCAUGUGAAAGAGCACAAGAUACAUUAUAUACAUUGGGUCAAUUUGGAGAGUACGAUGUUGCAGAUAGACUCUUUUCAGUGCUCGAAAAACGUGCACAAGAGAAAAGAUCACUCGAGGAUGAAGGAGGUUCAGUAAACACACGUUCCAAUUCAUUCUCAAGAGAGACACUCUUGUCAAUGAUGGUCAACGUCUAUUCAAAACAUCCAAACAGAGAUAAAAAUGCCUCCUUUCAAAAGUACAACAAAAUGCUCUUUUCCACAAGAACUGCUUUUAUUGCCAAGAGUUUGACUCUUACAAAAUCACCACCAAAUAUUCAUGUAAUCAAUAAUCCAGAAAUCCUUUUCAAACCGGAAUAUCUAGAUCCCAACUAUCCAGUAUUGAUGAGAGUUUUGGUUCAAGAUCAAUACGAUAAAUCAAAACCAAAUAUUAAUUAUACACGUAGAAAUUAUUAUAACAAGGAUAAUAAUGAUAAUAAUAACAAGGAUAAUAAUUAUAACAAGGAUAAUAUUAAUAAUAAUAUUAAUAAACAAAAAGAACAAUAA